AUGGAGCUGGAGUCAGCCUACCCUGGGUUGUUUGAGGAGACCCCGCCUCCCCCACCACGACAUCUACAACAGCACACCCUCAUCCUGUCGCCUCAGAUUGUGGCGAUAUUCCCCCAAUUCCAAUGCGUGGUGAACAAGCCACAUCGGGGCCUUGUGAGCACCACCGUCAAUGAUCGCGGGUUCCAGACAUUGGAGGACGCCGACCCGGAGUCUCAGGACUGGUUUGACGACGAUGACGUCGAUAUAGCGUUCUCCGAUGGCGAAUCGGAGGAUCUACCGGAGCCCGUGGCCCAGGCGGUGGAGGUGAUUGUGCGAGCUGGCUCGCUUGUCAUCGACGGUGUCGAGUUCCCUACCCGGUCAAUGGUGCGUCUGGUGGAUGUGGUUGGCAGUGAACACGAGGACUCGUUGGUUAUACUACAGGAUCUGGGGUUCCUCCUACUUGUACGACUAUUUCUUGUGACACCACAAUCCUCAGAAGGCUCUGACCCGAUAUUCACUCCGUUUGUGGUGCAAUGGUGGGACUGUGGGUCGCAUAUGAACCAAGUUCUAAUUCAUCAACAGCGUACCGUGCUUGUUACUGCAUCACGGUGGUUCCGUCUUCACUUAGUGGAAAAUACCCCUAAUGGCAUCAUGCUCGCUAAACACGUUAAUAUGCUGAUACCAGGGAUGAUCCUACACGUCGCCAUAGCCGAUACUCCCGAACUAGUGGUGGUGCUGGUGGUGUGGACCGACCACAACCGGUGUGCCUUGUAUUUGCAUCAUGAUAGCCAUACCCCCACCAUGCUCCCACUUCCGCGUGUGUUUACCGUUCCAGUACUUGUGGCAACCAUUCCGGGGACAAACCAGUUCGUAUUUGUUGGACCGGCUAGUGUCCAGGUGGUGACACCUCACCGCAUUCUCAGUGGUGAUUUCAAUCUCCCCACGACAACAGCACCGUGGCAGGAUCACGAGUUUCCGACACUGUCCUAUAUUGAUGGCGAUGCCCUCUACGUGGCUACCGACGGCGGUUCAGUGUACCAGCUCCAAGUACUGAAUGAGACCGUCCACUUUCAUCGCAAAAUCAAGAUUCCCGACGCCAUCCUGGUGUUUCUGCUACGACAAAUUAAGGGCCAGCGCUACCAGUUUAUCUAUGGCAGCGACACUGAUGGUAAUAAAGAGCUUGAGCUAGACCUUGCCGACGACCUCGCCGAUGAUGGGUACAGCACCGCCCAACUUCGCAAGAACUGGUCCAACUGGACUCCUAUCAUAGAUGUUACCACGAUACCUGCUUAUAAUGCUCGCGGGCUUUAUUGUGCUUCAUCACAGGAGCUCUGGGCAUUAACAGGCACUAAUAACCGCACCCGACUCACCCAGUUCCGGCGAGGCGGUACCCUUGAAGCGUUAGUCGGCGAUGAAUCUCUUCGCAAAGCUACCUCGGUAUUCCCUGUGGCGAUUGGUGACAAGACGGGUUUCGUGUGUUCACUCCCGACGUCGCUGGCAUUAGUGGUGUUUGACGAAACUGCAACGAGUUUAACGGUAAUGGAGGAAUGGGAGUACCCGGUCGUGUUCGCAGCGGUGGUUUACGAAUCAUUAAUUAAAGUAUCGCCAACGCUGAUUGUAUGGGGCAUGACUCAGGUGUCGGAGUCAGUGAUGUUCGCAGAGGUGUGGGGCGAGUAUCUUGUGGUGGUAGACGCCAAAAACCAACUCAAAUUGUUAAACCUGGCGUUGCAGCAGAUGCACUGUAUCCCCACAAACAUAGAGGUUUCGUGUCUUCGUACCUUGGGCACUCGUCUCUUUGUGGGUGGUUUUGACGGUCAGUUAUUGAUGUACACGGAUCCUGAGGUGCCUCCAUCUUCUCAAAUGCUUCCCCCAUCUCCCUACCCUGACCAUUUAUAUGAGCUCAACAAUUUGCGUUCGGUUAAUGAUGUGUGGGCUUGGCCUGAUGCUGAGGGACCAGUGUUUGUGGGGACCAAAGACGGCUAUCUUUACACUAUCGAUGGCGACAAUAUCGAGUGUUAUAGACUCAGCGACGCUCCCUUACUGUUUUGCAUAUUGGGCAAUCACCUUAUCGUUACUGGUCGCAGCAUAUGGAUGGUGUCGUCGUCUUUGAAGCCUCAGAGAAUGUUCUUUGGUGAGGAACGAGUUGAACGCAGUGUAUUUACUUGUGCUCCCCUCGAUAACAAACUUGUGGUGGUACGGGACGACGCCGUCAUUGUUGCCAAUCCUCUGUUCUUCCCCGAGACCGUGAUACGCCAGGUGGUUGUGGGUGAGAGAGCGGCCAAGUUCGUUUACCUUGAACACCUCCACUUAUUCCUCAUAUUGCUGAGACUGCUGAACCCAAAGAACCGAAUCAAGGCAGUCGACCGCAAGCUGCUUAAAUCGGCAAAGGUGGAGUUUAAACGACAACUGAAACUGCGCUCAGUGUUCCGAGAACACGAGAUCCCGAUAUGUGCUAUGGUGUGGCUGGUUAAUAAAGGCACCAGAGUCAGCUACAAGGUGUUGGUGGGGUGCCAGGUGUGCAGCGAGGGGGCGUUCAAAGUAAUUGAUGUUGUCCGCUAUCGUAAUGAAGGCCAGGUCCUCGUAACCGUUGACGAGUUAAAACUGGUGACUCAUAACGAACCAAUAACCAGUAUCCAGCAAGUUGAAGAUCUAUUGCUUAUGGUCAGCGGCAAGAGCAUCUACCUGACCUCCUAUGAAGAUGGACGCAUCCACCCGCUUGAACUUGUCAAGAUGCUCCCGUCGAAGAUCACGCUGAUCCAGCAGCAUGACCACCACAUUCUCGUGACUACGGAGCAAGACCUGCUCUUCCAGUUCAGCUACAACAUCAAUGGUAGCACUAUCAGUCUCCACACGGUGCUGAAGGCGCGACCGCCAAACUGUUUCAUCAACCAGGCGCCGCUAGGCGAGUUGAUCGUUGCCGGCGACAAGUUCCACUCCAAGCUCACCGUGUUCGAUGAUAACGGCGCCGGGGUCACGCGCCAUAUCCAGACGUCGUGUAUCCCCCGAGUGUACACUGGGCACUUCACCCCCUGCUGGCAACAACAGAGCCAGGACGUGGUGCUCUGUGUAGGCGUCAGCGGCGAGAUUUCCGUGUUACACCUAGGCGAGGCAGUUGCUGGCGACCCUGACCGCCAGUUUGAAGGCAAGGUCAGCGGCACCGGUCUCUUUGCGCUCGAUCGCGAGGAAUUUGGUUGGAAAAGCAACCGUGACAUGGUGGCGACGUCGCUGCUGGAGAUACUUUUGGCCUAA